AGCAUGUCACGUGACCAUACCUUGCUAUCAGGUGACGGACGUCGAUUCCGACGAUUCCAUGGAAGCUCCCUCCUCCAUCCAAAAAUAGCUUCUCCAAAUCGAAACUCAUACUCUCCCCUGAAUUUCAAUCUCUCUCUCUUCUCACGAUUCCAGUCAUUUGAAUUGGAUUCGACACAUCGAAUUCGAUUUCCGCUCUCGUUUCAUUUCUUUCUCCUAUCGGAGGAAGAAUGAGAAGAGCACAACGGCGAAUACAAAUGGCAAUGGAAUGGUAAAUAUAGCAUCUCCGUUCAUCGCCAUUGAUCUCGAUUCGAGGGUUUUUUUUUCUGGGUUUUUGUUUUUUUGUUCGGUGAGAAACCUUAGGGGAUGGGCAAUUGCUUCGAAUCUUGCUCGAAUGGGAGCGAUAACGACGACUCUCCAGUGAACUCAGAGACAUUUUCACGAGGUUCUUGUUCUCCUGUCAAAACCCCGAGUAUUUUAUUUCCUUGGAGGCUAAAAUCUCGCAAUACUACUAAAAGUGAAGCUGUUACUCUAACUACGGGUAGCAAUGUAGAGGAUACAUUGUACAACCCGAGCUCGAAGUCAUUUAUGUUCAAUGAGCUGAAGAAUGCAACCGGAAAUUUCUGUUCUGAUAGCCUCAUCGGUGAAGGAGGUUUCGGGUUUGUUUAUAAGGGCUGCAUUGGCGGGUCUGGAAAUGAAAUUGCUGUCGCUGUGAAGAAGCUCAAACCCGAAGGGUUUCAGGGUCACAAGGAGUGGCUGAGAGAAGUAAAUUAUCUCACUCGGCUGCAUCACCCGAGUCUGGUAAAACUGAUAGGUUACUCCUGGGAAGGCGAAAACCGUCUUUUGGUGUAUGAGUACAUGCCUAAUGGCAGCUUGGAGAAUCAUCUGUUUGCAAAGGGUCAUGCCCUUUCGUGGACGUUGCGUAUGAAAGUAGCUAUUGGUGCAGCUCGCGGUCUACGUUUCUUGCACGAAGCUAAGGACCACGUCAUUUAUAGGGACUUGAAGGCAUCGAAUAUCCUUCUUGAUUCGGAAUUUAAUCCGAAGCUUUCGGAUUUCGGAUUAGCCAAAGAAGGUCCUAGCGGUGACAAUUCACAUGUCACCACCGAAGUCAUUGGCACUCAAGGUUAUGCAGCUCCUGAAUACCUUGCAACAGGUCAUCUAACGACCAAGUGCGAUGUCUACAGCUUCGGAGUAGUUUUGCUAGAGCUCCUCACGGGGAGAAGAGUCAUAGACAGAACCAAAUCCCGAGAAGAAGAAAACCUCGUGGAAUGGGCGAAACCGUACCUUAGGGACAAGAGGAAAGUGUUCAGGAUAAUGGACACGAAGCUCGUGGGUCAGUACCCACAGAAAGGCGCAUUCAUGGUGUCGUUCUUGGCGUUACAGUGCAUCGGAGAAGCUAAGGUCCGACCAUCAAUGGCGGAGGUCUUGUCUCUUCUUGAGAAAGUUCCUGUUCCAAGGCAUAGUAGUUGUAAGAGCAGAAACAGUUUCAAAGCCUCAGCCUCUUUGUCUUCUAAGAGUUUUCUCAGACACAACAAUAAGGAGUAAAACUUACUGCCAUUUCUUUAGUUAAAAAUACUUGGCUAAUGCAAAUAUUUAAAGUUUUAUUUCA